AUGCCGGGAACGGGAGGUGCGACCGUCCUGAACGACCUUCCCGAGUGGGUCGUCGUGGAAGAGAUUCUCAUCCGCUUGCCGCCCAAGGACAUCCUCCGCUGCCGCGUUGUCUGCAGGUGGUGGCACAGCGCCACCUCCACCGACAAGUUCAUGCUGGACCACCGCCGCCGCCAGCCCUUGCUCCCGAUCCUCAGCCAAGUCGUCGACCCGCAGCCGCCGAAAGUCCACCUCUUGUUUUCCUUUGACGCUGGUGCAAGCCAGCAACAGCUCUGCCCUGUCAUCCAGAUCCAGACCUACUACCACGAUACACUCCACGCCUCCCUUGAUGGCCUCCUCGUCGUCUCCCACGGAUCCGUGGUGUCUCAGUACUUCAUCUGCAACCCGGUCAUUCGCAAGUGUGCUCCCCUAGCCAAGCCUCAAGCCCAACAGGGUUUUUACCCCCGGAUUGUCGGCUUCUAUCGGCACGAACCAUCGGGAGGAGAGUACCGAGUGCCUUGGGUCUCUAGCAACGCACAAGACGAAAAAACUUUCUACUACGCCAUAGCGGUGGGAUCCAAUAGUACAAGAUACAUCGGACAAGGAUGCACCCCACAACCAACAUCCUCGUCCCCUUCCUUGGAACUGGCGUUACAGAGGGGUCUGCCCUGUUCGUCAAUAUUGCCACCAGCCCACCACCGUAGCAGUCUGCACUGGAUACUUCAAAAACACCAAAGCUGGGAUGCCGACUACAUAAUGGUGUUCAACGCAGCAUCUGAAACAUUUCGGUUGAUGUGUCGCCCUGCCCGGUUGCCCAACUGCUUACAUGAGACGUUGCUGGAGAUGGAUGACGACACUCUUGCUUUGUGUAGCAUCAGCAGUGUCAAACACACCAUAGAUGUUUGGGUCGUACAUGACUACGAUGCCGAAACCUGGUCUUUUAAGCAUCGCAUGAAUUUGACUGGGAUGGACCCAUCAGUGCUUGUCGAUCCAAACCCAAAGGACACAAUAGUCCCUAGGAUGGCUGUGCUCGGUGGGGGUGAGAUGCUGAUCCAGUUCACUUGGUUGUGUGUAUUGCGUUUUGACAUCGAUGGCAAGUUUUUAGGAUAUGUGAAAAGCGAAGAUGGCCAAGAAAUCUACUUGUGGGUUACCUGGCAUUACCUCCAGCAGAGCAUUAUUCCCCUUCCACUGUUCCAUGAGAUGAGAGAAGAUGACAGUGCGAAUCAGGAGCCUCCAUUUUUCAUAGGGCUGUAG